AUGGAAAGCAAUAGCAAAGUUAUUGAAGAAGAAAACGCCGGGAUAAUCAGUCUAGAGAAGUCUGUUCUGGCCAAAACCAAGAAACAAGAUAUAGCCAGAGCCCAGAGCAUCCUCUAUAAGAUUUUUCAAGAGCAAAGAGAAAUUCAGCCAUUGGAUUCAGACUCUGAAGAAGUUCCAAAAAAUAGCGAAAUUUACAUUCAUCCCUACAGCAGGGAAAGUGUGAAGCUUGCCCAAAGUUAUAAGUACCUCAAGUUCUUUGAUACACACUAUGUUAUUUUUCACGAUAUAGUUUCUAAAAAUAGGCAUUUUGUAAAUUUCUUAGAAUCCUCAUUCCCAGAUAAAAUUAAUAUACUCUAUUUUAAAUCCGAUUAUAAAAUGGAUCGGAAGAGGUUCAAUUACUUAAACUCCCUGGUCAGGAUCAGUUCGAAAGUCCUUCAAAAAGCUUCAUUUAAUUCUUUCUGCAUCGACUUCCCUUCCCUGAAGAGGCUGGUGGCAGCUUACAAACACGUUGGAGUGUUGGGAUUGUGGGAUUGCACGUUAUCAAUUCCAAGUGUCCCUGAUUUCUCAAAAGCUCUUUCAAACUGCCAGAUCCAGGUACUAGAUUUAAAUUGAUCGGGAGGCUCUGAUUGUAGUGACUGGGAAAACAACUUCGACGAGUUCAAGAACUUGGUCCAAGGAUUAGCAAGUUCUCCAGAUUUAAGGUUGAGUCUCGAAGAGGUAGAUAUCUGUGACUGCCUAGUAAACAAGGAUGAAGCUGAAGAAACUUUUGAAGAAAACCAACUUGGAAGAGUUAAAAUAAUUGCUUAG